AUGAGUGAAAGUAAAGAAGGAGGGAAGAAACUUCAAUGCAGUCAGCAAGCGGGACUUCUCAGAGCUUACAAGAGUCAACUGGGACAAAGAAUAGAGGAAAUUUCCUCAAAGGACAUGAACGCGGCCGAUGAUGUUCCUCCUAUAUGGUGUUGCAUAUCUGGUGCCUAUACUGAGAAAAUUAAAGGGGAUGGUGGUUGUGAUUUACUAUAUUAUGCAGCUGGGAGCUUAGUAUUUAGAAAUUUGGUCGACAAGACUUCAUUUGAUAGAAUUAUGGAAGAAGUAUACGAAAUAGUAGGACAGCAGCUGCGGACGAGUGAAUGCACCAUACAGACCAGUGCAAGUGGGAAAAGAUUGUUCGAACUACUGGCAGAACCGUCCAUUUCUAAUUUGAAGCAUGACGGAAUAUGGCAAACAAAUGAGCAUUCCGGGAAUGUCAGUUGUGAAAAAUGUACUAAUUACUUAAGGGAGCUUGCCAAAGCAUGCCGGAAGGUGGAGAAAUAUUGUAAGGACGGAGAUAAUACGGAGAACUGCAGGGAUGUUGCAGUAGGAGGUAAUCAGGGGGACCCUGGUUAUGUGGCACAGUUGAUAGAGACCUUAAUUCCCGAGCUGCCAGUUGCAUCAGAGAAGACGAAGAAUGAUCAACAGGGACAGGAGGGAGAAGAUACCUGUUUGGGGAAAUUGCCCUCAGAGGAGGUAUAUAAAAAAUUCAGUGAAGCCCAAGAUUAUUGUGGUAGUUCGUCCACCGGUGGAGAUAUAAGAACCGUAUUAGGAAGAAUACUGAAUGAACCUUCGACCGGUUCGAAUUAUGCGGAUCAAAUUAUAAGGGGUGCAUGUUACGCAAAUGGAACUGCGAAGGAAAGUUUCCGAAAUGGUGAGCGCUGUAAUGCUUUAUAUUAUUGGGUAGGGAAUGCGUUAUCUACCACACCCAAAAGUGUCUUACAUUUCAAGGACCUUGUAGAUGCGGCUUACGAUAAAUUCAGGGAAUUCAAUGUUGAAAAAGAGUGUACUGAUAUAUACCCCAAAAUUGAUAAGGAUAUUUUCAAUAAUAUGAAAUUAAUAUAUGAUUAUUCUACGGACCACGCGGCUCUAAAACAAUAUGCACAGGGUUCCCGGGAUACUGAAUCCCCCUGUAUUGAUAACUAUUACAUGUACCUGGAAAUAGUUGCUUCAGCCUAUAGGGGUAUGCGUGAAUAUUGUGGAAAAAGUGGUGCUCAUGUUAAAUGCUGUGAAAAUUUUAGGAGCAUGACUGCUAAACAUAGUCUUCAGGAACUACUACAAUUAAAGUGUUCUUUAAAAAAUACAUCAGAUUGUCCAACUUCCAUCGCCCCAGCUGCUAUAUCUGGUACAUUAAUUACCGCAGGGUUACCGGCACUCGGAUAUUUCUUAUACAAAUAUGAUCUCCUACCCUCUUCGAUAAGUAACCGACUUAAGAGCAUUGUAGGAGGGGGCAGUAGCAGAAGUAGGAGAGUAAGAUCUGUGAGACGAAAUUUCGAUGGUUCCACAGCGGAUGAUGCCUCAACAGUAGGUUCCACAUUAGGUGACGACUCAACAGUAGAUUAUUCCACAGCAGAAGAUGUUUCUACCAUCUAUAAUGAUGAUGAUGAACCACCUCGUCGGCCAAGCGGAAGAACACGGACAGGAACAAAUAAUAGAAGACCAGGGAAUAUACGUUACUAUGCCACGUAA